AAAACUACAAUAACCUCAAGCUGGGUAUCGUUCUAUUUUAGCAAUUAAGUAUGCAUGCAAGUACAAGACUGAUGUAAAUAAUUACAGUAGUAUGUAAUUAAUUAUUAUUUUGAACUGCACAAUUAUAUAUCAUUUAUAUCAUAAAUAUAUAUCAUUUAAUUUAUAAUUUCAAAUUAAUUAUUAGUUUUUUUUUUUUUAAUUUCUGAUCAACUAAUCAGUUUCUAAAUUCUCAGGUAUAGAUAAAAAAAAAACUAAAAAUGCCAGGCAUUAAACAUUUAUUUAAAGAAAUGCCUUUUGAUAAAUCACCUAAAUUAGAUUUUGAUGAAUCAUCAGAUAGUAGUGAUGAGAGCGAUGAAUUUAUCUUUGACAGCGCAUCUGAUUCUGAUUCUGAUUCGGAGUCCGAUAAUUCUGAUGUUGAAGUAUAUGGUUUGAAUCAACAUUUAUUAAGAUAUAUAGCCCAAGUAUUUUCUCCAAACAAUAGUGAUGAAGAUGAUCAUGACGAUGAGGAUGAUGAUGAUGAUGAUGAAAAUGAUGAUGAUGAUGAUGAAGAUGAAGGAGAAGAAUGGCGAUUAUAUGAAGACGAUGACGACGAUGAUGAUGAUUAUUCAUUUGACGAGGAGUCAAGUGAAGACGAGGACGAAGACAAAGAACCGGAAACUUUAGAUACGCCGCUUCAUAUUGCUAUAAAAAAGAAAAAUAUCGAAAAGGCAAAAGAUAUUCUACGCAGUGGCGUGGACGUUGACGCGCCGGGUGAAAAAGAUUGGACAUCACUUCAAUUAGCUAUUGAUGUAGAAUAUCUGCCGGGAAUUGAGCUUUUGUUGGAGUACGGUGCAAAUAUUGCAGCUAAUAAGGACGCCGAAAGUUCCGCUAGAUUCUGGCAAACUCCAAUACACGCUGCCGUUAUUAAAAACCGCCUGGAGAUCGUUGAGUUGCUCUUAACUAAAGAAAUAAACGUUGAUUUAUUAUCUGAGCACCGGGAAGCUGUUUUAAAGUACGCGAUAGAGCGUAGAAAUUGGAACGUAAUUAAAUAUUUGAAUGACAUUCGUCCUAAAAAUGAUAUUUAUCUCAAUAGCUUGAUGCGCGAGACUUUCAAAAAUUAUUCAUUGGACCAGCUAGAAGACUUGGGUUACAGUGAGGGAGAGAUUUUUUUGCUCCUCGGCAGGUACGCGGUACUAAAUAUGAAGAACCAGGAGCAGAACACAAUCCUCUACUUAGCCAUCGAGAACAAAAAUAUAGAAAUGGUCAAAUAUCUAUUGAAGAUGGGUGCUAAUAUAAAUGCCGGGGCAACUUACGAUCACCGGAACUACAUAAGCGAGCUAUCUGCUUUGCACGUCGCCGUGGACUCAGAACUAGAAGACAUCGUCCAACUUCUGCUGGAUCACGAAGGCUGUGACGUUAAUGUAAAAUCAUCAUCCGGUUUGACGCCUCUCCACAUCGCAGCGUUGAAGAACAACCUGACAAUCGCUAAGAAAUUGAUAAGUAAAGGAGCUACAAAUGAAGCUUACUCCAGAUAUGGAUCCCUUCUUAACGCGACACCUUUUCAUAUGGCUGUUCUUAAAAAUUCAGUGGAAGUCAUCAAGUAUUUUUUGCACGACUUAAAAAUAAGCAUUGAUAUUAGGACUCGUGAUGGUGUGACUGCUAUACAAGUCGCCGCAAAAGCGAACAGUCUGGAUACUGUAAAACUAUUACUGGACCAUGGUGCUGAUUUUAAUGCUCAUUCCACUUGGGGCGACGGGUACACAGCAUUACACUUGGCUGUGAUGAAUAAAAAUAUUCCAAUGAUUGAUUUGUUGCUGAGCAAGGGUCCUUGGGUUAAUAUAAAGUCGAACGAUGACAAGACAAUUUUACAUCUGGCUGUUGGUACCAAAAACAAAGAAAUUGUUAAGCGGUUGUUAGAUGCUGGUGCUCAUGCUGACAACGUAAGCAAUGCGGGUCAUUUUGAUGAUAUAACGCCGCUUCUAGAAGCCGCGCGGCUCAACUUGAAGGAGAUCGUGUUGAUGCUGAUUGAUAAAGGUGCAGAUAUAAAUGCCACGACCAAAAGUUCGUUCUUCGUCGAACCUUUAAAUGCAAUUGGUGUAGUUCUUCAGGAACACAGCCCUGAAAUGCUGGAGCUGGUGCUAAAUCUAGGCGCAGAUAUCAACAAAGUUAGAUGUUUUCAAACUUCUGAUUCAAUGCAGUCGAUACUUGUGCAACAUGUGACUAAAUUAAAGGCCGCUAAACUGUUUGUCAAUAAAAGACUCUCCAAGUGGGCAGAGUCAAAUCAAAAAGACAAGAAGUUUGAACAUAAAUGCAAGUUACAAGUCAAGAGGAUGAAGGAAGAAAAAAUAGGAGAUAGUUCUGUUAGUUAUCAUGAUUUACUUGUUAAAGAUGUUGAUCAGGUGACAAUGUACGCGGAAAAUAAAAGCAUUGAAAAGGCUAUUAAGUUUCAUAAGUUGAAAUCAAAGUUCCCGCUGUAUACGCACAUGUUAAUGAAUAGUUUCAAUAAGGGACAUGAGCGCAAUAAAUUGUUAAAAGAUACUGAAAAGAGGAUGCAAGAAAUUUUUGUUGGCUUGCCGAGUAAUUGCGUGAGAAAAAUACUUAUGUACUGUAGCAAUGAUGAUUUGCUGAUGAGUCUAGAAAGAAAUUAUUAGGUUUAAAAAUAAAAUAAUCUUUUUUAGUUUAUUAUUUAAACAGUAAUAUUUAUUUAUUUAUUUUUUCUUUCAUGCAUAUGUUUAAUAACUACUAUUUCAAAGAUGUAUAUAUUUUUUUAAUGGUAAUUAAAAAAGUAUAUUUAUUAAGCAUCUUAUUAUUUUUUACUUUUA